ACUUAGUCAGCUUCAGCAUCAUAAUAUCAUGUCUUCUUCUAGUUCAUUCGCUGAUUCCGACUCCACUUCUUCCUUCUUGACACCCUCUUUGGAGUUCCCGGAUCGCAUCAGUUUCCGAGAAAUGGACUUAAGUGAAGCAGGUCCUAGUUCCCGGGAUCGUAUUAGUUUUCGAAUCCAAGGAGUUGAAGGAGAAAUUGAUCGGAUUAAUCUUUCUCCUGGGGUUUUUGGUCCUGACGAUUUGGCGAUUUCUUUAGAAGCUUGUAAAAAGCGUUCGUUUUCAGAUAGUCACAAGGUUCAGGCUCAGCAUUUGAGUGAAGCAGGUCCUAGUGGUGUUGUUGUUGCUUCUAAUUCAACGAAUCGGGACAUUAAUGAGGCGAUGCGUUCCGAGUUGAGUGAGAUUGGGAAUUUAAGCACUCCUGUGGAUAGAGUAGUAGUUUAUGGUGGUACGCCAGGAAUUGUAGAGAAUAGGCGUGGUUUUGAACGAACACCGACUAUUUUGGUGAAGUCGAAAGGGUAUCUUGUUCCCAAUGAUGUAGUGGCUGUUGGUGGUGGUAUUAAGGGGGUAAGACCACCAGUACUUAAGCCUCCUCCGGCGAUGAAACGACCUCCUAUUGAUCUUCGGGGAUCUUCUUGGGAUUUCCUUACACAUUUCGCUCCAAGUGAAACAGUUAAGCGGCCGAGUUCCUCUUCUUCUUCUUCCGAGAAUGGCUGUGAUGAAGCAGAAGCUAAGGAAGAGGAAGUGGAAACGGAAGAGACGGGAGCUAGGUUUAUCCAGUUGGGGGAUACGGCUGACGAGGCAUGCUCAUUCACUACAAACGAGGGUGACUCGUCAAGCACAGUAUCAAAUACUUCGCCCAUCUAUCCUGAUGGAGGUUCUAUCAUAACGUCUUGGCAGAAGGGUCAACUUCUGGGACGAGGAUCAUUUGGCUCUGUGUAUGAAGGCAUUUCAGCAGAUGGAGAGUUCUUUGCUGUCAAGGAAGUUUCACUUAUUGAUCAGGGAUGUCAGGCACAAGAAUGCAUACAACAACUUGAGGGGGAGAUUGCACUACUUAGUCAGCUUCAGCAUCAGAAUAUUGUGCGAUAUCGUGGCACAGCCAAGGACGGGUCAAAUUUGUACAUUUUUCUUGAGCUUGUAACCCAAGGGUCCCUUCUAAAACUCUACCAAAGAUACCAGCUUCGGGACUCUGUAGUUUCCUUGUACACAAGACAGAUUCUUGACGGUUUGAAAUAUCUCCACGAUAAAGGUUUUAUUCACAGGGACAUCAAAUGUGCCAAUAUAUUGGUGGACGCUAAUGGCGCCGUCAAACUUGCAGAUUUUGGAUUGGCAAAGGUGUCAAAGUUCAACGACAUUAAGUCCUGCAAGGGAACUCCAUUUUGGAUGGCUCCAGAGGUUAUUAACCAGAAGGAUAGUGAUGAUUAUGGAUAUCCAGCUGAUAUUUGGAGCCUUGGGUGCACUGUACUGGAAAUGUAUACUGGGCAGAUCCCCUACUUCGAUCUAGAACCCGUUCAAGCCCUGUUUAGGAUCGGAAGGGGUACGCUUCCGGAAGUACCUUAUACUUUAUCACAAGACGCUCGCCAUUUCAUACUUAAGUGUCUCACAGUGAGCCCGGAAGAGCGGCCAACUGCAGCUGAACUGCUGAACCAUCCAUUUGUGAGAAGGCCCUUACCACCUUUUAUGUAAAAACACUAUUAUGUAAAAUGAAUUCAGUCAAUAAAA